CAAAAUAAUCCAUUAAACAAGUAGCGAUUUGAGGAGCGUGCACUAAUAUUUUCAGUUCCAUUCGUUUGCGCGUUGUUUCAAGGACACGCCCACAACAUGGGAACUAAUGACUAUUCACGUAAACUCCACCCGCUGGAACAGUUUUUCACAAGAACCGAAUAUUACACAACACCGGACUGCAGUUUUGACAGCAUGUAAAUGAAGACACACCAAUCUCGGCCAUUUCUAGAGUGCAACAAGUCAUCACACUCCUGUUUCAUAAGUGAUUUCAUCAGCUUUUCUCAACUUGAAAGCAUGUUUCGUACCAAUGACAGAAGACAUAGAGAACUAUACUAUGGUGGGCAGCACCUAAAGCUUGAAGAGCUCAAAUGGAAGCAAAUAGAGAAUGACUACCUCUAUAGAUCAAUCCCAGAACACCCUGAGGAGGUGGAAUUUCAAGUGUCAUACCUUCGACAUAACACUAACCUCCAAGGAUUCUUUGGCAUUUGGGAUUCUGAGGGAUUUAAAAAGCCGACAUGCAGCGACUCACCAAAACGCGAUCUGGUAUGGUGGAGCCAAGACGUUUCCAGAGGUGAUAUUACAAUUGCUGAAAACGAGUACUUGGAUGGCUACAUAGUAAAACCUUUCUUGCACAAGUUCACCACUUCCCCAGCCUUUCUGUCAUCCUCACUCAUGGGGAACUUCCGUUUCAGUAUGUCGAUCAAUGAGUUGUUGAGAAGCUACCAACAGCAGUUCUGUCCAGGCCAGAAGCCCAGCAUUCGCAUUUUUGAGACUGUGGUCUAUAAGCAGGAAGUGAUGUAUUCUAUUGUGAUUCAUGCACCUCGUGCUCAUAAGCUUUUCUCUAAGUAUCCCCUGCUCAAGAAUACCCAGGAUGCAGUGUGUGCGUUUAGUGAAAACACCAUUAUCUGGCGUCCACAGGCAAUGAGUAAAACACACCGUUUCUGGCUGUCUGGUAACAUGAAAGCUAUUGGUAUACCUAAAAAAGCCAGACAAGAGUACAUGUGGGAUAACAUCGGAGUGGCAUUCCAUGUUCCACAUGGAGAAAUCUUCCACUUCAGCAGGGAAAUUCUGACUAAGAGUCUCAGACUCUGUGAGGGAGCUCAGCCAAAAAUUAACACCGAAGAGUUUGUGAAGUGUGAGUUUGGCCCCAUCAGGCUAGAGUAA